UAAAAUUUGAUGGUUUGAGUCAUUGAUGGGUACUUCUAUAUUGUCGUUGAGCUUACCGUUAACACUUUAUGACUUUUACUCUGUCAUAAAUUAAAGAGCGGCUUUUUUAUGGAUUGCUUUGAAGUUGACUUACUUAUGAAAGUUAGUAUCAUGAUAUGUGUGUAAUAUAAUAAGAAGCAAGUCAAUCAUGUGGAGACUAAAUACAGCGUUAUUAUGCUUUGGGUAUAUUUUAGAAUGUGUUGCCGGAAACUGGAUUGGAGGUGGACGAGAAAACGUUGCGGUAGCCGGUGGAAAGAUGACUCUACCCUGCAAUAUUACUCCCAUAUCAUCAGAUGACAGAGCCGUUUUGGUCCUCUGGUAUAAAGACGACUUUUCUAAGCCAGUUUAUAGUUUAGAUUCGAGAAAAGGAGAGAUAUCUCAGGCACGACAUGCCACAAGUGAGACCUUUACUGGACGAGCCUAUUUCAGUACAGUCGACAGGCCAGCAGUUCUUGUGUUGGAGCCUUUGGUGCCAGAGGAUGAGGGCCGCUAUCGAUGUAGAGUAGACUUUGAGCGGGAGAGAACAAGACAUAGCGAAUUUUAUCUUGUGGUGAUUGUGCCUCCUAAAAGGCUUGUGAUUACGGACGAACGAGGUGAUACAGUUCAGAGUCUAAUAGGUCCUUAUAACGAGGGAGAUCGUCUCACGUUGACAUGCCAUGUUGAAGGAGGUACACCUACACCAUCGGUCACCUGGUGGCGAGAGUCUGUAUUAUUGGAUGAAACUUACGAUACAACAAUUUUCGGUGAAGUUCGAAACAAGCUACAGAUCGAACAGCUUCGGAGACAUGACCUUAUGGCGACGUUCACGUGUCAGGCCUCUAACAACAACAUUUCUCUUCCUAUAACUUCAACCGUUACGAUAGACAUGAAUUUUAGACCUUUGACCGUUAGGAUACAAAACGAUCGGAAACCCCUUUCCACUGGUGAUACCAUUCAGCUUGAGUGUGUGACAAUGGGCUCGCGUCCUCCUGCCGAAAUUACUUGGUGGAAAGGAAACACCCAGCUCCGGAGAACCAAGACCAGGUCUUCUGGUGAUGGCAACUACACUUCUAGUGUGCUUACCAUGAAGCCCUCUAGCGACGAUAGCGGAAAGCUCAUGACGUGUAGAGCUGUGAAUCCAUUGAUGCCAAACAGUGCAAUUGAAGACAGCUUGAAACUUGAAGUACACUAUCCUCCCCAACUCAGCCUGAGAUUAGGCAGCAAACUACGUCACACUCACAUUCAGGAAGAUAAUGACGUAUACCUAGAAUGUAAAAUUCGGGCUAACCCAUGGGUUACAGAGGUAAUGUGGAAGUUCGAGAGGAAAGACUUAAUAACAAACACAUCAGCUGGUAUCAUAGUCAGUAAUCAGUCUUUGGUAUUGCAAAAAGUGAAACGGUCCAGUAGAGGGCACUAUCUCUGCGCAGCAAUAAAUCCAGAAGGGUACGGAGAGAGCAACGCCAUUUUUCUCCGAGUGCAAUACGCCCCAGUGUGCAAACCUGAUCAGAAGCUAACGUAUGGGAUUCCUCAAUACGACAAAGUUAAGGUUCUGUGCCAGGUAGAAGCCGAUCCUCCGGAGGUCACGUUUCGCUGGAAUUAUAACAACUCUCUGGAAAAAUUGGAGAUCGUCAACUUCGAAAAUAACGGUUUAUCAAGCAUGGCCACUUUUACUCCCAGGAAUAACCAAGACUUCGGCUCUUUGCUCUGCUGGGCAACCAAUGAUGUGGGAAUUCAGCGAGAACCUUGUGUCUAUACAGUGAUUCCCGCAGGUGUGCCUGACCCAGUGACCAGCUGUGCCGUCUUUAAUCACACAGAUCACAGUUUCUGUGUUCGGUGCGAACCUGGUUAUGAUGGUGGCCUCCGACAACAUUUUGUUAUGGAAGUGCACGAUAUGGCUUACCAACGGUUACGAGCCAAUAUGACGGCAGCAGUUUCAAUUUUUCUGGCUCGUAAUCUUCCAUCAUCAUCAAGCUUUCUUGUGGUGGUGUAUGCUGUGAAUUCUAAAGGAAGAAGUCAGACCAAGGUUCUUACAGCAAAAACCCUACAUAACCCAGAGACUCAACCUCACAAUGAUAAAAGUAAUUGGAAACUUACCUUUAGUCCAGUCCUGGUGGUGCUAAUAUCUGUGGCGGUAGGACUCAUCAUUAUAUCUGUAAUAAUUGUCCUGGUAGUCAAAUGUAGGAGAAGAAGAGGCACAACCCAAAAGCUUGAACCUAUUCCAAGAACAGAAAAAUAUGAAUCUCCACUUGAGCAAAUGAUGACGUUACCUGAAGAAAAAUGCCCGGAUAUUAUUCCAGGGAAUAGUGUAAAAAUGAAGCCAACAAUUUCGCUCCCAUUUCAAGACUACGAAAUCGAGGAAUACAGGAUUCCGGUUUCGCCCUUAGAUUCUCGAUUAUCUGCUACGCCUGCCAGCAAUAAACCUUCUUCGCUGACGUCACAUGGUAAAUACAGCCAACAAGAUAAAGAAAUUCAUCCUCAAGCACUGCAAGAUUUCUCUAACAAAGGUUGCCAGCGACUAAUCAAGGUGCUACCAGCUAAUCUACCAGGGCGGUGCCAUCAAGAGCCGAUUUGUGAUGACACUAACGUGUGAAAACGUCAGUGUGAUCAUAAAAUUUAAACACGCCUUCUAGAAGGAGGAAGCAAAGAAGUAACUAUGCCCCUUGGCAAGUUUAU